AUGCGUCAAUGGUCAGAGCGGAUGAGCCCCAACUUCGCCAUUGGAGGUCGUCCGAAUUUGCCCGUCAACUCGCUCAACCCUCACACCAAGGCAGCGCCUAUCUCGCAAGGUCCUCCCAUUGCCUCGCCCCAAGGAGAUGCGACGAUCCACUACUCGUUCAAUGUGCCCUUCGCCUCCGACCUAGCUGGCCCGAACACGGAAGAUAUCCUCCACGCCACCACCGAUGCUGUGCUCCGCUGGACUCACCCGGAGGACGCCCCCGAUGAGGUCCCCGUACACGAGCUUCCCAUCCAUUCCCAAAAUCUCGCGAACUUGCAGAGGCUAUGCAGGGACCUUUCCGCUGGGCCUCUUCCCGUAGAAGCGCAGGUCAUUACUACCACGCCCAAGAACGCCAAGGGCCAGGUCACCACUCGAUGCACUCACAUCGACAUUGACGGCAAACUCGUCUGCGAUCUUGUCGCCGGAGUCCUUAAGAAGCCCGUUAUCGAAGGUCUCGACACUAUCUCGGCUUACUGUGGUGUCGAUAUCUUUCUUCUAGGACCUAAACUCACUCCGAUGGUUGAUGGCAUGACGGGUGACGCGGAAACCAGAGUUGAUCAGCGAUGGAGAAUUGCCAUCUAUGGAGACGUUCUUGCCGCCGAACACGCCAAAGCCCGUGUUUUGAUCCAGAUCGACCGUCUCCUUGGUCGCGUGGUUGACGCCAUGUACCGCUACUGCCCGCCGAGUGCUCGCCGCCGAGAUCCGAAUGAAAUCUUCAUCACCGGCGAAAGCCAGCAAGCCAUUGAUAUGGCCAAGCAAAGGCUCCAUGACGCCGCCCUUCGAGUUCGAGUCUUCGUUAAGGAUGUGCAAAUAGCCCCGGCCAAGAUUGAUAGCAUUCUUCUCACUCGCCUGGACAAGCGCAAUAUGGUCCGGGUUCAGGGUCUCGAUGUGCUGCAUGUCGAGCGGGCGAUCCGGGAAAUUAUGGCCCUGGCCGGUCAGUUCUACAGUGCAUCGUGGCUCAUUCAACACCCCGAUCCCCGCCAGCAGCUUCCCACCCCCGCUGAAAUUCGAGCCAUUCUCGGAGACGUUUGCGCCAACUCCGAUGCCGAGAUCUCUUUCGAUAAGCAUAGCUUCAACCUGACUGGCUCCGACGAUGCUGUGAAGGCAGCCCUAUCCGUCAUGUCUGAGAUCAAGUUCAUCGUCCAGUCUCAGUAUCAAAUUCGUGUCAAGAUCGAGCUGGCCAGCGAGCAUAAGGAGUUUGUUAGCGGCAAGAAGAACGGCAAGAUCAAUAAAAUCAUGGGCUCUAGCAACGUCCAAAUCAUUUUUGAUGGCUUCAACGAAUACAAUUUCAACAUCGAUGUGAUGGCCGUGAACUACGAAUUCAUGAAGCGGGGCCUUAGCAUGGUUGAACAGGAAAUGCCUGCCUCCAUCUCCUUCCACGUGCCAGAUCAAUAUCACAAGCGUAUCAUCGGCAUCGGCGGCCAACACAUCCAAAGAAUCAUGAAAAAGCACUCCGUCUUUGUCAAGUUCUCCAACGCCAUGGACCGUGGUGGUAUGAGCCGCGAGGAUGACGAUAUCAAGGUCGAUAACGUCAUCUGCCGCACCCCAGCCCGUAACGCGCAGAAUCUGGACGCCGUCAAGAACGAGAUCCUAGAAAUGGUUGAUCGCGCUGAUUCGGAGUACACAUCUCAGACCGUUAAUGUUGACAGGCUCUAUCAUCGUCAGCUCCUCGCUCGUCUAGGUGAUAUCUCGGAUUUGGAAUCCAAGUACAAUUGCAAGAUCCAUUUCCCCAGCACCGAAGACGCCAGUGACGAAGUCAAGGUCGAUGGGCCGCAGUGGCAGGUGCCCCACUGCGUGGACGAGUUGUUGGGCAUGGUCCCCGAUAACCACGAAAUGGUCUUGGCUCGUUCCACUGACCUGGUCAAGUUCCUCGAGUCCCCUGACUUUGCCCACGAGCUAGUCCCCAAGUUCAAAACCCAACACGAAGUGGAGGUGACUGUCCAUCAGAACCCCGACGAGCGAAGCGAGGAUGGCCAGCCGACCAUCACGUUGAUGUGGAGCUUUACUCGCAACAACGCUGGCGGCCUUCGUGACGCCAUUGACUUCUUACAGUCUCAGCUUGCCACUGCCGGUGUAGAGAUUAGCGUCGUCAAGGGCUCCAUCCUGCGACCCAAGUCUGACUCUUUCGAGGAUUCGCUUCAGUACUUCAACUCGCGACUCCUUCAGCAUGCCCCCGCACCCAUCAAGACUGACUCCCUGAAGAACAGUUCGACAUCGGCUGCUAACUUUUUCAAGGGCUCGACCAAUGUUUCCAAGUCGUCUCUCAUCUCCAUCGAAUCGGCCCGGAGCUUCAAUGCUGAUCGGAACCCAUGGAACGACAGCGGCGUAAAUCUUCCCGAGGAAGAUCACAACAUCUGGGGACCCCCAGCAGAUUGGCACAAACGGCAGCUCUAA